AUGGUAAAGGCUCUUUGGAGGCCUUUUCUCAACUUCAGAUUAAUUACACUGAUAAAUCCAGAAGAUUUGAAAGAACUAGUUAGGAACUCAAAUGAUAAAAAACAUAGGAAUACAGUUUAUGUUUGUCCUUUCAAAACUACUGAUUUGGUCAGGCAUAAACAUGAUGUUCACAAAGAAUUCACAUCUCAAGAUUAUUAUGAAAAUCCAUUAGAUUAUGAACCUAUAUUCCAUCAGAAAUACCUACUCUAUCUAACGAUUCUCAUUAACGACAUUUAUUGGAAAUCCAAGUUUCCUCGAUAUAUUACUGAUUCCUAAAUUAAAGUAAAAAAUAUAUUAUAUAUUUUAGGAAUUAUCUGAAUCUGGAAAUAGUAGAUUGCAAGCUGUAUGUGAUGUUACAUGUGAUCUAGAGGGUUCUAUCUAAUACUUAAAGAAGUUCACUAAUCCUGAUCAUCCUGUUACUAUUAUAAUCCAAUAUCUCAAUAAGUUCAUGAUGAAUUCGAUUUCAAAUCUCAAAAUGACAUCAUGUAUAUGUCAAUUGAUUUCUUGCCAUCCUAAAUGCCAUAUGAAGCCAGUAUGGAUUUCGGAAAGGCUCUAAGGGAUAUUGUUCCACACUUGGCCUACUCAGACCCCACCAAACCUUUAGAAGAGAGUGGGCUACCUGAAUUUUUGUAAAAUGCAACCGUCACUCUACACGGUUAACUUACUUAGAAGUUUGAAUACAUCAAUGAAUUAAGAAAACUUAAUGAAACAGAAACUGACCAUUAAAAUUUCAGAAUGAUAACAUCAUACUAUUCAAACAAAAUUAAUACAAUUAAAGAUAACACCUCAAUAGACAAUAAGUCACUGUCUUAAUAAUAACUGUAACUAAAGAUCUUAUUAUAUUAGUUCUACUGAAUCUGACGCAUAGGAUGAUAGAUUCUAAUCAGAAGAUUUAUCUAGAAAGUUGCAUACUUCUUCUAGUAUAGUUGAGACUAAGAUCGAUGAAGAUAGAUCAACUAGUAAUCAAAGAACUUUCGAUGAACAAAUCUAAAUUUCAUGA